CGAGAAACUUGAAUGGAUUCGUUGACAAAAUCAAAAAAGUCCGUGUAUUUUUAUUGCUCGGGAUAUACUGAAUAAAGAGAAGCUUUGUCAUGACGAAACUCAGUCCAGGCAGCAGUCGUACAUAUGUGGAUGAGUGGGGUCAAUACGAGCCACAAGUCGGAGCAGGUAUAUAAAUCGAUACAUUUCACCAGGAAAUAUCGAUAUUUCCUGGACAACCAAAUACUUCAAAAAAAAAAGAAAAGACGAUAACUCGCGUCAGAAACGAAAUUUUGUCUAACAGCGCUGAAGACCACAGUAACACUUCAAGCCAUAGCACAGCAUAGCAAGGAACUCCGCAACGCAUUUUGCCAUAACCUACCACAAUGGCUUAUGCCCCGUCCGAGCCGUUUAUCCUUACAGGAGGAUGCUUCUGCAAAGCCAUUCGCUACACCAUCAACGUUCCGCAACGCGAGGAUCGUCCUAUCCUCACAGGAGCGGUGGACACGCGCCUGCCACCGCUCCCGGGGCAACACAAGCACGACGAUGACAGACGAAGCCAGCCCCGCGUUCCCACCACAUUCCCAUUAAUUGGCUUCGAUCAUUGCUCAGACUGUCGCCAUGCUGCGGGAACCGUCGUGCAGGCCUGGUGCAUUUCCCCGCACAAUUGGGUGGAAUGGACCGUUCUUCCGUUGCACAAGAAUGAUGCUGGAGGAGAUGUAGCCAAACCGGCCAUUCACCUCACAACUUUGGAAGCCUGCGCAUCCGACGGAAAAUCUUCCGUGUGCCAUGAGACGUAUAUUUCUCAUUAUAAAUCGUCUCGCGACGUCACCCGGAGCUUUUGCUCCCGAUGUGGGACAACCCUGACUUAUUAUUUCGAAAGACCGGCGUCAUCGCCUAUUUCACCACUGAUCGAUAUAACCAUGGGCAGUCUGGAUGAGGAGAGUCUCGAAAAGAUUCAUCCUGAACGCCAGGUGUGGUGGGAUUCUGGGAUUGGGUGGAUGAAGGGAAUUAUGACGUGGGGAGAUGGGGGGGUAAUGAGACAUGCAAAGGGGACAUUGAUGGAUGAAAUAGCGUCAGGCUGAUGGCAGCUGGAGCACUUGGAUGUCGGUUACCUUAUUAAGCAAUGCAACUGUGACGUUCGAUGUACGUGAUAGAGCGCAAAUGGCCCGUAUGCCUUUAAGCGACCUCCCUGGUGGGUCGGAUUUUGAAUUAGCUAUGCAAGGUCGGGCCGAGCUCUGGGCAGCAGUUUCUUGCUCGCGGCGUACGAAACCCAGCCACGUUAAAGCCACAUCCCUAAUCAGACAGAUUAGUCUACAAGUUAGUUGAACUAUUCCU